UCAAAUUCAACUGGGGUCACCUUCAAGUUGGAAGUUGGUGUUUUCUACCGAUUUCACCGCACACUAUCACUGUGUUGUAUUCACGGUCUAUAGCACUUACACUUCAGUUUCAUAAAACAUUUCAGUAUGAGUGGUGAGCCCCAAGCGAAACGUACCAAAAUGAGUGCUCUGGACCAAUUGAAGCAAUAUUCGACGGUGGUAGCCGACACCGGGGACUUUGAAGCUAUGAAAGCUUACAAGCCAACAGAUGCGACCACCAACCCGAGUCUCAUUCUGUCGGCUGCGGCCAUGGAGCAGUACCAGCACAUCCUGGACAAGGCCAUCAAACACGGCAAGGACAGUGGCAGCACUGUUGAGGAGCAGGUUGCAGAGACCUUGGACAUGUUGAGUGUGCUGUUUGGGUGUGAAAUACUGAAGAUCAUCCCUGGCCGAGUUUCAGUGGAAGUUGAUGCAAGAAUUUCCUUUGACAAGGAUGCCAGCAUUGCAAAGGCAAUCAAACUUAUUAACAUGUUUGCUGAGUUUGGAAUCAAGAAGGAGCGAAUUCUCAUCAAAUUGGCUUCCACUUGGGAGGGCAUCCAGGCAGCUAAAGAGUUGGAGAAGAAGCACGGCAUCCACUGCAACCUGACGCUGCUGUUCUCCAUGGCCCAGGCCAUCGCCUGCGCCGAGGCUCACGUCACCCUCAUCUCACCCUUCGUCGGACGCAUUCUUGACUGGUAUGUCGAGCACACAAAGAAGACGUACGAGCCUAAGGAGGACCCCGGAGUCCUGUCCGUCACGAGAGUCUACAACUACUACAAGAAGUUUGGCUACAAGACACAGGUGAUGGGCGCGUCGUUCCGCAACACGGGCGAGAUCCGCGAGCUGGCGGGCUCGGACCUGCUCACCAUCAGCCCCAAGCUGCUGCAGGAGCUCGCCGCCAGCGACACGCCGCUCAAGCGGGUGCUCGACCCCAAGGUGGCCGCCCAGAGCGACCUUGAGAAGAUCAGCCUGACCGAGGCGAUGUUCCGCUGGCAAAUGAACGAGGACCAGAUGGCCACCGACAAGCUGUCCGAUGGCAUCCGCAAGUUCGCGGCCGACACCAGGAAACUGGAGUCUCUCAUCAAAGGACUCAUGGCUAAGAAGUAAAAAGUUUACGCAUUGAUUGGAUUCUUCUUCUUGGAUUGGUUAAUUUAUACUUCGUACUUAAUUGUACCGAUAAUUGAUUUUUUUUUUGUUUUCAAAAGUGAUAUUUUUUGGCUCAGUUUUAUACAAAUUGUUUUUUAUGUGUUAAGUUUAGCUAUAAAGCAUGUUUGUAAUUUAAGUACAAAUGUAUGUUUGUAGCGCAUUCACAAACCCGUGUGGGACCAUUAUUGCAUUGUUAAUACAUUCCUAUAUAUUUUUUGAUUCCUGUUGUUUAUAUUGGGUGUAAUGGUGCAUCAGAUUUCUAUUAGUAAAUAAAAAAACUUUUUUGCAACA